CGGGCUGGGAUAAGGUCCAGGAAUUGGCUGAUUACCUGGUGUCCCUCCGUGAGGUGCUCUACCUGGACAAGCAGCAGGUCACAGAGGUCAUCCGCCUGUGGACUGCUCUUCCUGACGGGGACAAGCGAAGAAUCGUGUAUCAGCCCAGACAUCAGCCCAAGCUGGUCCACGGACGCUUCAAGGCUCUAAAGAACACAGGAGUGACUCCGGGGGUGGAGAGUGUGAAGAGGUGCCUGAUUGGUCAUCCAGGGGGGCCGGCUCAGUGGCCCAGCACCAGCCGCUUAGUUGAGGCCAUGUGCAUUAAGCUGUGUGCACUGCACAAGUCCACAACUAAGAAGGGCGGAGUCCGCCUUCCUCGGUGGACGAAAGUCCUGAACGACUACCACCGUAUCUGAGACCUGGUGCUGAACUGCCAUCCUCUGAUGGAGGCCACAUCUCUGCAGCUCUUCACCCUCAACCAGAGGACGCUAACUCAGUGGUUUAAUCGGAGGGAGAACACUCUGGAGUUAGAUGUCCUUACCCAAGGCUUUGCUCAUGAGGACCGCAUCGCUGUGGCCGGGUCUCAGCUGCCUGCUCCGAGGGAAAAGCUGGAGGAGGCUCCCUACACAUCAGGGCCUCUACACGAGUUUGUCCUGCCUCAAAACAGAGCAGGACAAGCUCCUAAACUGAGACCAGGCCAACGACCUGCGAGUGCCUCAGCUGUGCGGCCCAUUGCUCCAGCAGCUCUCCCAGCGCCAGCACCACUGCACACGCUCACCCUGCUCAACCCCGGGACAAUGGUGUUGGCCCCAGGUGCAAGUGAGCCGUCAGCACCUCUGGUACUGGGCCCAGCUCCUGCUUCGGUCCCAACUCGUGCUCCUCUCCCAGCUCGUGCUCGGGUCCUGGCUCCUGCUUCUGUCCCGGCUCCUGCUCCUCUCCCAACUUGUGCUCCAGUCCAAUCACCUGCUCCUGCCCUGGCUCCUGCUCCUGUUGCUGGUCCUGCUUCACUCCCGGCUCCUGUGUCUGUCCCUGUGCCCGUGUCCCGCUUCACCCAGAGGAACAGGAGGCGCAGGGCCGAGGAGGAGGCCAGUGGGACGAACAAAAGAAAAUAUGUCCGUGAAGUGGCCUUUAACAAGUGCUCCAAGUGUGGGGAGCCAAAAUCCAAAGACUUUGGACACAGCCGCUUUGGCAGUGCUACUUUUUGCCCCAGUUUUUCUGGUGGUAAAUCAUUGGAGCAGUGGCUCGCUGAACAGAGGCAGUAAAAACAACAACAAAACCCACCGCCAUAAUCUGGACACAAACACACACACCCACACACUUGUAAAUAAUGUAGAUGUUAAUGUGAUACUUCAUUAGAUUUGAAGAAAAUGUAUUUUAAAUAUGUCUAUGUAAAUAAAUGUAUAAUCAUUGUAAAUACUGUCACCUUCUCCUCUACCUGGGUCUUUGCUGUCAAUAAAUUCAUGUAAAUAUAACUUUAAACUCACUUCAGAAGCUACAAUAACAAACCCAUAACAGUGAAUGUAAAUAUUGUUACGCUUUAAAUGCCUGUGUAUAGAUUUGCAUGAAAU